AUGUCUCCUCUUAACCACACGAACACUGAAGUUCUUAGAUUCCUCCUUAUCGGUAUCCCUGGACUGGAGAAGGAUCACAUCUGGAUAUCUAUUCCUUUCUCAUCUGUAUACCUUCUUUCCCUCCUGGGUAACCUUGCCAUCCUCUUCUUUAUCAAGACGGAACCAAGUCUCCAUGAACCCAUGUACUAUUUCCUUUCCAUGCUCUCCAUCUCUGACCUAAGGUUGUCCAUCUCUUUCUUACCCACCACUCUGGGACUAUUCCUGUUUGGUGUCCAUGAAAUUCAUGCAGCUUCAUGCUUUGCCCAGGAGUUCUUUAUCCACCUAUUCACAGUUACUGAAGCCUCUGUGCUAUCUGUAAUGGCAUUUGGCCGAUAUGUGGCCAUCCACAACCCUCUGAGAUACAGCACAAUCUUAACCAGCUCCCGAGUCAUCAAAACAAUGGUCUUACUGACUUCCAGAAACAUUAUCUUGAUUCUUCCACUACCCUUUCUGCUGCAACGGCUGACAUACUGUCAUCAAAACCUGCUCUCACACUCCUACUGUCUCCACCAGGAUGUCAUGAAGCUGGCCUGCUCUGACAACAGAGUUAACGUUGUCUAUGGACUCUUUGCUGCCCUUUCUACUAUUCUGGAUUUGUUGUUUAUUACUUUCUCCUACAUAAUGAUCUUAAAGACAGUACUGGGCAUUGCAACCCCCAAAGAGCAGCUUAAGGCCCUUAACACCUGCAUCUCUCAUAUCUGUGCUGUGCUCAUCUUCUAUGUGCCCAUGCUAAGUGCAGCCAUGCUCCACCAUUUUGCCAGGGGUGUGUCUCCUAUGAUCCAUAUUCUCAUGGCUGAUGUGUUCCUACUGGUGCCACCCCUGAUGAAUCCCAUCGUGUACUGUGUGAAGACCCAUCAAAUCCAAGAAAAGAUUAUGGGGAAACUUUGUCCAAAAAGAAGUUGA